AUGGCCAACGAGGCAACAACACCGGGAUCUCCCCGGCUGCUACACCUCUCCCACCCGAUCCGAAGCUUGACGAUAGCUUUCGGCUUGUGGAAAGCCCUUAUCUUUCUGGUCGUCCUUGGGUGCCCGGGCCCGGGCUACGAUACCUCCACCGGUCUCCUGCCCUAUCUCAGCUCCGGGACCGGUGAUGUCAUCUCGAGGGACACUAAACAUGCCCCUAUUGUGGCCUUGUUGAAAUUCACCCGGUGGGAUUCUAUCUACUUUGUGCAUAUUGCCGAGAGGGGCUAUGUCUUUGAGCAAGAGUGGGCCUUUGGCUAUGGAUAUACUAGAAUCCUCGCCUUUCUCGCGUCCUUUUUCCAUCCAUCGAACGGAGUGGGCGAGGCUGCCGUGAUCACUGCAGUGGGCAUCGCAGUCUCCCACAUAUCCCACUACCUAUCAGUCCUAGCUCUCUACCGGCUGUCAGUCAAUGUCUUCGGCCAGCACUCCCGCGCGCGGGAGCUUCUAUGCUUCCUCACACCCAUCCUGCAUAUCAUCUCGCCCGCGGGGGCAUUCCUCUCCGCACCAUAUGGAGAAUCCCUCUUCGCGAUGCUAAACAUCGGGGGUUUCUACCUUUAUUCGUCCGCGUUUCUUGAUGCCCGGGCACGGAAGGGAGCUUCGAGCCAUGCGAAGUUGCUCCUGGCGGCGGGACUCUUCGCGGUCGCCUCGACGGUGCGCAGCAAUGGUGUCCUCAGCGGGAUCUUAUUUGCGUACGAUGCGCUGGUGUAUGCUUGGGCGAUUGUUUCGCGUGGCCCGUCUAAAGAAGCUUGUCUUCGCCUGGCUGUCACGAUUGUCGGUGGCUGUAUUGUCGGGUUGGGCUUCGUUCUUCCCCAAGUGAUUGCCUACUUGUCGUAUUGCACCGCCGGAGAGACGUUGCGUCCUUGGUGCCAGAGGCUCAUCCCUAGUAUCUAUGGUUGGGUCCAGGAACAGUACUGGAAUGUCGGUUUCCUUCGCUACUGGACCCUAUCGAACCUUCCCCUGUUCCUGCUGGCCCUCCCGAUGCUCGUCCUACUAUGCUGGUCUUCCAUCUGGGCAUGCAAGGGAGACAUCUCCCUCGGUUCUCCCGCAUCCACCGCCGCCCAUUCAUCCACAAUGGCGUCCCUGCUCAUCCGGCUUGCUCUUCCGCAGGGCAUUCUCGCCGUUCUGGCAUUUACCAGUUACCAUGUCCAGAUUGUCAACCGAAUUUCCUCUGGGUAUCCCCUGUGGUACUGGUACAUUGCCUAUCAGAUCCUCUCUGGCUUUGAAAGCAAACACAGUCGGGCUCUUCCCGUUGCGGUGACCAGCAUGGUGAUGUAUGGGCUGGUUCAGGCCACUCUUUUUGGUUCUUUCCUUCCGCCUGCAUAG